AACCCAGAGACACUAGCCAGCUCCAUUCUCUAUUUCUCUCGCAAGGUCGCAAGAGAGCUCGCACACGUACGCAGCCAUGGCUGAGGAGGUCACGCCCCACGUCCACGUCCUCCUCAUCUGCUACCCGAGCCAAGGCCACAUCAACCCCAUGCUCCGCCUCGCCAAGCGCAUCGCGGCCAAGGGCGUCCUCGUCACCUGCUCCUCGUCCUCCGUCAUCCGCGACGAUCUCGCCGCCGCCUCGGGGGUGUCGGCUGGCGGCGACGGCGUGCCCUUCGGCGCCGGCCGCAUCCGGUUCGAUUUCCUGGGCGACCCUUUCGACAAGACACUGCCGGACCUCAAAGGCUACCUGCGGCGCCUUGAGACCGACGGGCGGCUGGCUUUGGCGGACCUGCUCAGGCGCCAGGCGGAAGCAGGGCGGCCGGUGGCGUGCGUCAUCGGGAACCCGUUCCUGCCGUGGGUGACCGACGUCGCGGCCGACGCUGGCAUCCCCUCGGCGGUGCUGUGGGUGCAGUCGUGCGCGGUGUUCUCGAUCUACUACCACUUCGCGCACGGGCUGGCGGAGUUCCCGCACGAGGACGACCUCGAAGCCCGGUUCACGCUCCCGGGCCUCCCGACGCUGUCCGUCGUCGAUGUGCCGUCGUUCCUGCUCGCGUCGCACCCGUACAAGGUCCUCGGCGACACGAUCCAGGACCAGUUCCGCAACAUGGGCAAGGCGUCGUGGGUGUUCGUCAACUCGUUCGACGAGCUGGAACGCGAUGUGGUCACCGCGCUCCCGAGCGUCAGGCCGCGCCCUCCGCAGCUGAUCCCCGUCGGCCCUCUCGUCGAACUCGCUGGCCAGGACGACGUCCCGCUGCGCGGCGACCUCAUCAAGGCGUCGGACGACUGCGUCGGAUGGCUGGACGCGCAGGCGCCGCGCUCCGUGGUGUACGCGUCGGUCGGGAGCAUGGUAGUGCUCUCCGCCGAGGUGAUCGCGGAGAUGGCGCACGGGCUCGCGUCCACCGGCCGGCCCUUCCUAUGGGUGGUGCGGCCGGACACUCGCCCUUUGCUCCCCGAGGGGUUCCUUGACGCCGUCGCCGGUCGCGGCAUGGUCGUGCCGUGGAGCCCGCAGGACCGCGUGCUGGCGCACGCCUCCACGGCGUGCUUCCUGACGCACUGCGGGUGGAACUCCACGCUCGAGACGGUCGCCGCCGGUGUUCCCGUGCUGGCUUUCCCACAGUGGGGCGACCAGUGCACGGACGCCAAGUUCCUGGUCGACGAGCUUAGGAUGGGCGUCCACCUCCGCGCCCCGCUGCGGCGGGAGGGUGUGCGCGAGGCUGUGGAUGCAGCAACGACAGGGCCAGAGGCUGACGCCAUGCUCGCCAACGCUAAGUCCUGGAGCGCGGCGGCGCGGGCCGCAGUGACGCCAGGAGGGUCGUCGGACCGGCAUGUUCAGGCGUUCAUCGACGAGGUCUCUCGUCAAGCACGUGGACGGCAAGCUGAAGCAGCUGUGGUUUAGUACUAGUAGUUUACUCUAGCAAGCAUGUUUGUGCCUUACAAUGUCACGCAGCUUGAUGAGUGAUCGAUAUGCAGCUCAUAUAUCUUCUAUCUUCUA